CUUUUAUUGAGAACCGACGCUGCUGAAACGUCAGUUGAUCCGCGCUUUUCAACUGUUGGACCGUCGCUGAGUAUUUAGACGGAGUACUAGUACAACAAAGACAAGUGCGAUGAGGCGUCUCGUUUAGACACGGAGUCACUGGGUCGUGUUGUAUACCUCGUGCAACGUAAAACGCGACGCGUAAAGCAGAUCAGCACGAGAUCGGAAAUGUUCUCUGUCGCGACGUCGCGCGAACGUCACACGUAGAAAGUGUAAUUAUAUAAAUAAUCCCUCCGAGCCCGUCGACGGGGUAGGCUCGCGACAGUCACGUCUGGCGAUAAUAUUCGUUUGGUAAUUCGUGAUAAUGGUAUAUUGGCUGCCGAGGAAACGUUUCGUGAGAAGGUACACGUCCGCGUCACCCACAUCUGCAUGUGUUGUAGGCGUUAUUUCCUUGUUGCGGAGUCUCUGCCCCUUUCUGCUCGAAUCUAACAGAUUUCCUCUAGUCGAUAGACCUAACACCCUUUUACAGACACACGGACGUUAUUCGAUUGAAAAUCAGAGUGUUUGCAUUAAUUAUGUUUAUACUUGUGCUCAUUAUCUCUAUAGUCAGAUACGUGAUUGCUCAUGAAUAUUGAAUAAGCAGUACAUAAAUGUUUGACAAAUGUAUUAUAUACAGUUCGUACAGAAAGAAGAUCGUUUGUCUGUGUAAAUGAAAGCAAUUAGAAACAUUAAUCUGUUGCAUAAUUGAAUAAUGUAUAAAAGUAAACUUUGUCGAAUUCAUGUGUUAUGAAUUUUGAGAUGUUCGAAUGACGUUAAAGAUAUACAUUUCUGUUCAAAAGUUUUCUACGUUUGUAUCAUUUUAUGUGUCUUAUAUUUAUUUCUACAUGUACAAUAUAAAUGAAAUGAAAAAUUUAGUUUAGAUGAAAGUUACAUGUAAAAGGUACACUUAUCGUAUAACAUUAAAAUAACUGAAAUAAAGCGUUUAAAGUUUCUUUCAUACAUAUACAGAACAUAAUUUAUAAUAUAUAAGUGGCAUACAAUAAAUAAUUAAUAUUUGAACACACCAUUGUACUUUCUUGUAAUAAUUUUAAUUGUUUCACAUCGUUAUUGAACGUAAUGACAAUAACAACUUCGUACAACAAGUUUGUGGAAUUAAAUUUGGUCAAAGCAAGGACUUGUGACGAAAAAGAUACUUUACGCAACUGAUAGCUACUAACAGUCAUGAUGUCGAUUUACCUACUAUUAGCGGUAAUGGUGCCACUCGCCAUCCUUGAGAUUUGGUACACAGGAAUAUGUUUAAUUUGGGCUGUGAAGGUAUCUGCAUUGACAUACCUCAUUGUAUUUGGGAUACUGCCUAUAAUUUUUCAUUAUUCCUAUUACUUCCAAAGGAAAAUACUUUUCUUAAAUUUCGUAUAUUGGCCUUUUAAAACAGAUUUUUCUGAUAUGAAGUCUGCUGGAUUGGAAGGUGCUAGAAAUUUUUAUUUAUGUACUGAUCAACAAGUGAAACUAGGAGCAUGGCAGAUGUUACCACGGUCUUUAUUAAAUAAUUCCAUUCCUACAACAGAUGAGGCUUACGAAGCAGCUUUAAGUAACGCCAAGCAACCUGUGUUCCUGUACAUGCAUGGAAACAGUGGUAACAGAGCAAGUGCGCAUAGACUUGAGUUGUACAAACUUUUCCAGGACAUGGAUUAUCAUGUUAUAUGUUUUGAUUAUAGAAGUUAUGGCGAUAGUGAUAUAGUUGAAUUGUCCGAAGCGGGCGUAGUUGCCGACAGCAAAUAUGUUGUGGAGUGGGUGUUAAAAAAAGUUAAUGGUUCAGCACCAGUUUUUGUGUGGGGUCACUCUUUGGGAACGGGAGUUUCCACACAUGUAUUAGCUUUGCUAGCAGCUGAAAAUGUACAACCAACGGGGUUAUUUUUGGAAGCCCCGUUUAAUAACAUAGCAGACGAGUUAACGGAACAUCCAUUGGCACAGUUAUUCAAACAUUUACCAUGGUUUCACUGGAUUAUUGUUGAACCCUUUUAUAAAAAUAAUUUGCGAUUUGAAUCUGACAAGCAUAUAUCUAACAUCAAGUGCCCUAUAAGGAUAUUACAUGCUGAAGAUGACGGUGUGAUCCCAUUCUUCUUGGCAGAAAAGCUUUAUCAAGCAGCGCUAAGCAACUUUGGAAAUGAUACAAAACAAGUAGAAAUGACCAAAAUAAAUUCAUCCUAUGGACUGGGACAUAAAUAUAUCUGUAGAUACAAGGAAUUACCUGAUAUAAUUAGGACAUUUGUUGCAAAAGCGCAUCAAGGAAAUCACACUCUAGGUUAGAAUGAAAUUCAAAAUUAUCUCAAUGUCUAAUUUUAGUGAAGAAUUAAAAUUUGAUUUAGAUAUCUAAAGCAAAAUGUUUUUAGAAUUAUAAAAAAAGAAAUAUUUUGAAAUAUCUCACUUUUACAAACUCUUAAUAUUCUUGUAAAUAUUUUUUGUCUUUGAUAGACUUUUGCGGUAAAUUCCGUGAGCCUUAUACUAAACUUAUCAAAAAUUUAACAUUCAAUGUCAUAAUAUACUGUUACGAUUACACGCUCAAUUUGCAACAUUGCAACACUUCAAUUUUGCACUCAAACUUCGUUGUAAUAUAAAAUUUCUUUAAAUUUAACGAAAUUUGAGACUUCGAUUUCAAUUUAAGUUAUUUAUACAUGAUAUAUAUAUAUAUAUAUAUAAAAAUAUAUAUGCGUGUAACAUUUUUAUAGAAUUAGCGAACAUGACAUCCUCUAUAUGUUAUGAAUAAAUAUAUUCAAGAAAUCGUCGUGAGAAAAAUAUGUGUUAAAAUGUGGAAAUCCGUUGAUUGUAAUCACCGACAAUAUUGUGACCGCUCUAUAUACACGUAUAAUUGUGAUGUAAUUUUAUGUGACUACGUAGGCACACAGAGACUAUAAGGUUGUGCUGCGAGGCGUUUUCUCGAAACUAAAAAAAAAAAGGAAACUCAACUUUUGUCUCGAUUAUUCCAACGACUGUAUCGCAAAAGUACGCACACAUACAAGCUAGUGCGAGCAAUAAAAUAUUGUGUACAAAAC